GAUUUCGUGAGGAUUAAAGGAAUUCUCAAUCUGAAUCAAUUAGAGUUUAUGUAUCAAUGUUGGUGUAACCGUAUGCUAACAACAUUGGAUGAAAUGGGGAAGAGAGUACUGUGGAAUGAAACGAUCGAUUAAGAAACCGAUGGGCGAAUUAGGGUUCCAUUUUGUGGGCAUUUUUCUAGCUAUUCUAUGCUUGUUCCUAACCGGUUUUUCAGAAGGAAAUCGCAGAAUCUCUGAAGAAGCUUCUUCUGGUAAUGGCGGCCGUUGGACUCAUCAAGAAACAGAUGAAAACACUGCAGAGCAAGUCUGGGUAUAUUGUAAAAAAGAGCUUGGAGAAAUCGCCAAAACUAUGAACGGUUUUAACCUAUACUCAGACAAUAACCCAAAACAUGAUGUAGCAUCAUCAAGAAAGACACUUGUACAUAAUCCCGUUACUGAUCUGCCUCCACAACUCAAACGAUCUCUUUUGCUGUCUUUGAAGUCCAAAAGAUCUCAAUCUCGUGUUUCUGGCUCAGAUGGAUGUGAAGAAUGUCUUUCUAAACUCUAUGGUCAUAACAUCCAUCCAAGAAAAACCAUCAAAAGACGUCACUAUCAGCAAAGGAGGAGAUCCCGCCACAGAUCAUUGGGUUCUGCCCAAAAAGAGCCAUCUCCAGCUCCAACCAACUCGCCUGAAACUUCUCAUAAGCGUUUAUCCCAAAAACUCGAGAUCGAACAUAAAUUGCGACCCAAAAAAAAGCCCCCUGAUCAUGUGCUACUGAUAGGGAUUAUUGUCUCGACUUCUGUGGCGACAUUGUCCCUUUUUGUUUUGCUAUUGAUUUGCUGUGUUGGAGGCAAUGAGAGCAGAGUUGCAAUGAGUGCACAAGAAGACGAGAAACCCGUUAUCAACAAAUGCCCGGGUGGCAUUUCUGGUUGUUCACAAACACCCGAGGCUAUUGGAGGCAAUAAAGAUUCGAUAAACUCUUGUAACACAAACAAUUUGUCUGCCAAUGCUGCUUGCCAAACACCAGAAGGUGGAGACUUACCACUUCCACCAGGAAAAACCGCUCCUCCACCCGAGCCACCACCACCUGCCGCCCCAAAAGCACCUCCACCACCACCACCGAUUGGUGCUCGGCCACCUGAUCCACCAAAGCUAGGCAAUUUGAAAAGGCCACCCGGUCCACCUCCCCCUGUUGGUCUACAUAAUCACGGGCGUUCCUCUUCUGGAGAUGAAAAAGAUCGAUCCAGAAGUUCUAAUAGUCUCAAAACCAAGUUAAAGCCAUUUUUCUGGGACAAGAUGAACGCUAGUCCUAAUCAAUCAAUGGUUUGGCAUGGAAUUAAGGAGGGAUCAUUCCAAUUCGAUGAAGAGAUGAUGGAAAGUCUCUUUGGUUAUGCUAACAGUCAAAGCAAGGGCGACCGUGGAAAAUCUACAUCAAACUUAAAUCCUCGAUCAAAGUUUAUUCAGAUUAUUGAUCCCAGAAAAGCACAGAAUUUGGCCAUUCUUCUAAAAGCAUUGAAUGUCACAACAGAGAAAGUCUGUACUGCCCUCAAGGAAGGUAAUGAGCUUCCUGUGGUGCUGAUUUCAACUUUGAUAAAAAUGGCACCGACCCAAGAAGAAGAACUAAAACUUCGAUUGUAUAAUGGCGACUUAGAUCUUCUUGGCCCUGCCGAACGCUUUCUUAAAGUCGUGGUGGAAAUCCCAUUUGUGUUUAAACGUUUCGAAGCUUUGUUGUUUAUGAGUUCUCUUCAAGAGGAAUCUUCUUCGCUUAGAGAUGCAUUUGCGACCUUAGAGGUGGCUUGCACAAAGCUGAAAAACAGCAGGCUUUUCCUCAAACUUCUUGAAGCGGUAUUGAAAACGGGUAAUCGUAUGAACGUUGGUACGCAUCGCGGUGGGGCCCAGGCAAUCAAGCUCGAUAGCCUCUUAAAACUCUCGGAUGUUAAAGGGACAGAUGGCCAAACGACAUUGCUAUCGUUUGUGGUUCAAGAAAUCAUCCGGUCAGAAGGAAUCAAAGCCGCUCGGGCCAGAGCGCCAAGUGGGAGUUCGUCAACCGUUAACACCAACGAUCUUCAAAAAGAGCCGACCGAAAGAUCACCGGAAUAUUACCGAAAACUCGGGCUCGAGGUCGUUUCCCGAUUAAGCGAUGAGCUCGAGGACGUGAAAAAAGCAGCGGUCAUUGACGGUGAUAACAUUACCUCAACGGUUUUGAAGUUAGGAACCAUGUUCAAGAAAACGAAAGAUUUAAUAAACAACGAGUUGAGUUCCGAAGCUACAGAGUUCUGCAAUGCCCUCCACGGGUUUAUGGAGCAUGCGGAAUCUGAGAUCAUUUGGAUGCUCGAAGAGGAGAAGAGGAUAAUGACGCUGGUCAAGAGCACGGGGGAUUAUUUCCAUGGGAACUCCGGGAAGGAUGAAGGGCUACGAUUAUUUACCAUAGUUCGUGACUUCUUGAAGCUGUUGGAUGGAGUAUGUAUCAAUAUCAAGAAAACGGCCGAGACGAACAGCAAAAAGAAAGACGACACCCCGGCUGGAAAAACCAAACCAUCGGUUGAAGAAAAUGAUCCGCGAUCCGCACAAAACAUUCACGAGAAACUGUUUCCGGCGAUCAAGGACCGCCAAAUGGAUUAUUCGAGUUCAGACGAUGAGGAUAUGUCUCCUUAGUUUUCCUCUCGACUUCAAAGAGGUAAUAUAACUGUUUUAGUUUCGGUACGUUCACGAAUAGUUAAUUUUCCAGUAGACAUUUUCGGCUUUUCGUCAUGAACCAACUGUUUUGUCCAA